GUGCGGCGUUUAAUUUUUAGUACUCAAAUAACCUUGGGAUUUUGAAUCCGUAGGUGUAUUUGUGAAUUUUAAUGCGUUGUAGGACUUUGUUCUAUUCAGUUGUACUCAUCUUCUUGACUGUUUACGGAUUUAUGUUCCUGCGAAGAAUCUUUACUUGGAAUUUUCAAAGCAAAGUUGUGCCUUUUUCUGCAACAAUGGCAACAGCUUCAGGAAAUGCAGACUGGAAAACAGCUAAAUCAAUAUAUGAUUUUUCAGCUAAAGAUAUUGAUGGAAAUGAAGUGUCAUUAGAGAAGUAUAGGGGCCAUGUUUGCUUAAUUGUCAAUGUGGCGUCUAAAUGAGGUUUAACCUCGCAGAAUUAUUCCCAGCUGCAAGCACUUUAUGAGAAGUAUGCUGUAUCUAAGGGCUUGCGAAUUCUGGGAUUUCCAUGCAACCAAUUUGGAGGACAGGAGCCAGGUACUGAAGCAGAAAUUAAAGAAUUUGUGAAGAAAUACAAUGUUCAGUUUGAUAUGUUCAGUAAAAUCAAUGUUAAUGGUGAUAAUACUCAUCCUCUUUGGUCCUACUUAAAAAGUAAACAAGGUGGAACUUUUGGCAACUUUAUAAAAUGGAACUUUUCAAAGUUUUUGAUUGAUAAGAAUGGACAGCCUGUUAAACGUUACAGUCCUCAAACAGCACCAAAUGAUAUUGAACCCGACUUACUGAAGUAUUUUGAAAAAUAAAAUGUAUAUAAUAGCAUCAUAUGCAUUUCAAUAAUUAAAUGGAGCUGAUGAAUAUGUGAAUGACAACUUUCCUACAAACCAUUAUUUGUGGCUGGGUCUAGUUUGAUGUGCAUAUUUUUCUGCUUUUUUUUAAUGUUAUGAGCAUAUGAUGUAUUUUUCGUUAUAUUAAUGUUUUCGAUAUAAUUGUUUCAGUUGUAACAAAUCGCUAUAGAUUUUGCAUUGUGCAGCUCUGUAUAAGUACUUUUACACUUAUUAUAAUAAAGAUUUUUCCGAUUUUUAACUGCUUGCUUAUUUCAUGAUGAAAGGUUUAUUUAUGCUACUGAAGUAUUUUGAAGAAUAAAAUGUAUAUAAUAGCAUCAUAUACAUCUCAAUAAUUAAAUGAAGCUGAUGAAUAUAUGAAUGACAACUUUCCUAUAAACCAUUAUUUGUGGCUGGGUAUAGUUUGAUGUACAUAUUUUUCUGCUUUUUUUUAAUGUUAUGAGCAUAUGAUGUAGUAUUUUUUUUAUAUUAAUGUUUGUGAUAUAAUUGUUUCAGUUGUAACAAAUCACAAUAGAUUUUGCAUUGUGCAGCUCUGUACAAGUACUUUGUUUACACUUAUUAUAAUAAAGAUUAUUCUGAUUUUUAA